AUGCUGACAGCGGCAAACGUCAUCCUCCUCCUCUUCGUGGGUUUGAACUCUGCAAGGACGCUCUACGAAGCAUCGGAAGUCAGUCAAACUGACUACGAUUUCAUCAUUGUCGGAGCCGGGACUGCCGGAUGCGUACUCGCCAACAGACUGUCCGCUUCUCCGAAUAACUAUACAGUCCUAGUCCUGGAAGCGGGUGGCAGUGAUGCCGGAGUACUCGAGUUAGAAGUCCCAGCCAUAGCCCCUUCCAUAUUGGCGAACGCGUCAUUGAUAUGGAACUACACUACGGUCGAACAGCCAGGUCUCAAUAAUCGUGCUCUUUCCUAUCCGCGAGGUCGCGUUCUGGGUGGCUCCAGUUCUAUCAACUUCAUGUACUACACGCGAGGAUCACGAGACGACUACGACCGAUUCGCCGACUUCACUGGAGAUGAGAUCUGGUCGUGGGAUAAUAUGUUUACGUACAUGCUCAAAGCGGAAGACUUUGUGCAACCGAUCAACGGACAGCCAUCUACGGGGCGCAUUGAUCCCACGGAUCAUGGUCAUGACGGUUCACUCCUGACGACCACGACUGGCUUCCCAUUCCCGUUCGACGAUCUUGUCGUCGAAACGUCGAAGACGCCCAUCAACGAGUUCAACUUCUCCUACAACGAAGACGUCAAUUCUGGGAACACCAUUGGAACAUCUUGGAUCCAGUCGACAACUGGUGGCGGGGUGAGGAGCAGCGCAGCGACCGCCUACCUACAUCCCGUACUGGAGCGGGAUAACCUCCACGUCAUGUAUGGCGCUCAGGUCACGAAGCUGGACGACGUCGGUGGCGAAGCCACUCCGGAUUUGCGCCAGGUCUCGUUCACGACCAGCACAGGUGAGGCGCUAAGCGCUCGCGCGAGUAAGGAGGUCAUUCUGGCUGCUGGCGCUGUGAAUACCCCUCAGCUGUUGCUCUUGAGUGGUAUUGGUGAUCCAACGGACCUGGCGGCGCUCAAUAUCACGAGCCUUAUCAACGCCCCUGCAGUCGGUCAAGAGAUGCAAGAUCAUCCUCUCCUCGCUAUACAGUGGACGACGAACUCGACCGCGACCCUUGAUUCUUUCACGCGUAACUCCACUGCGGUCGCCGAUGCCUUGAAUCAAUGGAUAGCUAACAGAACCGGCUUCGACACGACUGUUGCGACCAACCUCUUCAGUUGGGUGCGCCUUCCAGAUAACUCAAGCGCAAUCGAGACCUUCGGGGAUCCUUCUGCUGGACCGACUUCCGCCCACCUGGAACUUCUGCUUGUCGACUACUUCAUAUCGUUCGCGGCCCCGUCUCCCGAGAGCGGUGCUUAUCUAACGAUGGUACUGAACGUCGCCUCACCCGCCUCUCGCGGACGUGUCCGGCUGGCCUCCUCAAGCCCUUCGCAGUUCCCACUCAUAGACCCUGCGUUCCUCACCAGCGACUUCGAUGUCGAUGCCAUGGUGACCGCCAUGCAUGCCGCCGAGACGUUCUUGGCAACCGGACCUUGGGCGGGUAUGAACCUCCAGCGCUUCGGGCCAUGGGCGAGCGCAACUACGGACGCUGAACUCGCGGAUGUGGCGCGCGCUGGCAUAACCACGUUCUGGCACCCCUGCUGCACCGCGCGCAUGGGGAAGGACGAUGAUUCGACGGCAGCGAUCACAUCUAAGCUGCUUGUUAAAGGCGCUACCGGUGUACGCGUUGUCGAUGCGUCUGUAUUCCCCUUCAUACCUGCCGCUCAUCUUCAGGCUCCUGUAUAUGCUAUUGCCGAACGUGCCGUCGACAUUAUCUUCGAAGCGUAUGCAGCCUGA